CCGAGAGCUCCAGCACAGCCCUGCUGACUGCAGGCUCAGCUUAGCACCCCAGGCUCGCUGCCUAUGCUUCCCAGUGUGGUGGGUACUGGCUGCUGGCCAGGGCGGGCUGAGUCACUAUCGCCACGGAACCUGCCUGCAGUGGCAGUUUCAGUCCUUUGUCCUCGGGGGAAAGGCUGUUUGCUCACAUCCUGGCCAGGAGCACCACAGUGGAAUUGAGACUGAACUGUCUUCUGACGCACAGAUCUUCCCACCUGGGCAGGGGCCAGCAUGUGAGUCAUUCUGCAGCUGGGCAUCAGAGCCCGGGGAAUCCGCUCCAGUGCCUGGGGCCAGCCUGCCAAACCACACGCCUGGAACUGCCAGGCCAGGUGUAGUCACUGCCAUCGACCACCAUGGGCAAACAGAACAGCAAGCUUCGGCCCGAGGUGCUGCAGGACCUUCGGGAGAACACAGAAUUCACUGACCACGAGCUGCAGGAGUGGUACAAGGGCUUCCUGAAGGACUGCCCCACCGGCCACCUGACUGUGGAUGAAUUCAAGAAGAUCUACGCCAACUUCUUCCCUUAUGGUGAUGCCUCCAAGUUCGCUGAGCACGUCUUCCGCACCUUUGACACCAACAGUGAUGGCACCAUCGACUUCCGGGAGUUCAUCAUUGCCCUGAGCGUGACCUCAAGGGGCAAGCUGGAACAGAAGCUCAAAUGGGCCUUUAGCAUGUACGACCUGGACGGCAAUGGCUACAUCAGCCGCAGCGAGAUGCUGGAGAUCGUGCAGGCCAUCUACAAAAUGGUGUCCUCAGUGAUGAAAAUGCCAGAGGACGAGUCUACUCCAGAGAAACGGACAGACAAGAUCUUCAGGCAGAUGGACACGAACAACGAUGGCAAGCUGUCCCUGGAAGAAUUCAUCAAAGGUGCCAAGAGCGACCCCUCCAUCGUGCGCUUGCUGCAGUGUGACCCCAGCAGCGCCAGUCAGUUCUGAGGGAACCAACCUUGGGACAUUGCUGAGAAACAGGCUGUCAUGCUGUUUCAGCUUUGCUUGCAAAAGUGGAUGCCUCUGCAGUCAUUCCUGCUCUCCCGGGACCGAGCCCAGGCAGCACAUCACAGCUGCCCAGCCUGGCCGGCUGUGCCUCCCUCCUCCACCUGACCAGUGCAACAUCCCACCCCUCCCACCUGGUCUGGUCCCUUCCAGGACAACUCCCAGGGAUGUGAUUCCAUAAACUGGUUCAAGUGUUCUCUGCUCCAGGGAACCUCCCUGCCCACGGAGAGCCCAGAGGCCAAUGCUAGGCAGGACUUCCCAUGAUUUUGCUGAGGCUAGCUCAUUUAUCUUGUGAUCCCAGGUGACUUUGUGAGCUAGAUGGGGACAAAGAUGGAUGGAGAGUAGACAGGCAAGCCCUUCCUGUGCAUGGCUCCACCUCCCUCCAUUUUCUCUGACCAAAGCCGCUUGUGAGUAUAUAUACUGUGGUCUCCUUUUAAUAUAUAAAUUGUGUAUAUGGUGAAGUGAAAUGUAACAUGUAGGUCCCGUAUUUAAUGCCUCUGAUUGCCUCUGCAGCAUGGUCCCCCUUGUAGCCUGUGCUCCCUCCGAGCCUGGUUGUUUUGUGGUAUUUAUACAUUCGCGAUCUGCCCAGUCCUAAAGGAGAUGCAUGCAUGCCCAGGGCUGAGGGGCCCCGCCCUCUGCGCUGUGAACGCAGGCGUUUGUGUGUGUUCUGUCCACCCUGUUGAUUGGUCGGCACUUCCAGUAUUAAAAUGAUCAA